GAGGCCGAGGUGGAGCACCGCGUGGCCGAGAUGAAGCGCGAGGGUUUCUGGUCGCUGCGGCGCCUGCCCAAGGUGCCCGAGCCGGCGCGGCCCAAGGUGCACUGGGACUACCUGUGCGAGGAGAUGCAGUGGCUGGCCGCCGACUUCGCGCAGGAGCGCCGCUGGAAGAGGGGCGUGGCCCGCAAGGUGGUGCGGAUGGUGAUGCGGCACCACGAGGAGCAGCGGCAGCGCCAGGAGCGCGCCAAGCGCGAGGAGCAGGCCAAGCUGCGCCGCGUGGCCGCCGCCAUCGCCCGCGAGGUGCGCCACUUCUGGAGCAGCGUCGAGAAGGUGGUGCAGUUCAAGCAGCAGUCGCGCCUGGAGGAGAAGCGCAAGAAGGCGCUGGACCUGCAGCUGGACUUCAUCGUGGGCCAGACCGAGCGCUACUCGGACCUGCUGAGCCGCAGCCUCAACGCGCCGCGGCCCCGCCCCGCCGCCCUCACCUGGGGUGAGGAUGAGGAGGACACGAUCGCGGCCCAGGAGCGCCUGGAGGGCGACGUCGACCACCAGCAGGAGCUGGACGACCUGGCCAGGGAGGGUAUGGAGGAGCUGCUGCAGCGUUACCGCGGCGCCUUCGCCGACUCCGACUGCGACUCCGCCCCCGGCGCCAGCAGCACCCGCUCAGGUGUGUCUGUGUACCUGUACAGGUGUGUGAGUGUACGUGCUCAGGUGAGCCUGUACCUGUACAGGUGUGUACAGGUGAGAGGGUGGCUGUACAGGUGUGUGUGUGUCGCGCCCGCCCAGGUGAGCCCCGCCCCCGCCCCGCCCGCCGGCCCCGCCCCCAAGAAGGAGAUCAGCGACAUCGCGGCGGCGGCCGAGAGCCUGCAGCCCAAGGGGUACACGCUGGCCACCACGCAGGUGAAGACACCCAUCCCUCACCUGUUGAGAGGAACUCUCCGCGAGUACCAGCACAUCGGGCUGGACUGGCUGGUCACCAUGUACGAGAAGAAGCUGAACGGGAUCCUGGCCGACGAGAUGGGGCUGGGCAAAACCAUCCAGACGAUAUCGCUGCUGGCUCACCUGGCCUGCGAGAAAGGUAGCUGGGGCCCGCACCUGAUCAUCGUGCCCACCUCGGUGAUGCUGAACUGGGAGAUGGAGCUCAAGCGCUGGUGCCCCGGCUUCAAGAUCCUCACCUACUACGGGGCACAGAAGGAGCGGCGCCUCAAGAGACAGGGCUGGACGAAGCCGAACGCGUUCCGCGUGUGCAUCACCUCGUACAAGCUGGUGCUGCAGGACCACCAGGCGUUCCGCAGGAAGAACUGGAAGUACCUGAUCCUGGACGAGGCGCAGAACAUCAAGAACUUCAAAUCCCAGCGCUGGCAGUCCCUGCUCAACUUCAACAG